GUGGUGCGGAAUUAAAUUUUUUUUUUCCGACAGUUAAAUUGAACUGGAUCUGCAUUGCCGUGGCAGCGUAACCGCCAUGGCCGAAACAGUAAUUUUCGGUUUUUGGGCGAAAUUUCCACAUCAACUUGCUUCCCGAGUGAUUCCUCAACUAACUUUACAAAAAUUUUUAAUGAAACAGUGAAAUUUGAAUUUUUUGAGCGACAAUAGAAAUUACACCAUGCAACGCGACUAGGAUCGCACUCAGCUUUAUUUGGCGAUCAAAGUGCUAAACUGGCAGCGGAUCUGCAUUGCCGUGGCAGCGUAACCGCCAUGGCCGAAACAGUAAUUUUCGGAUUUUGGCCGACGAUUUCGAUAAAAAUUGCUUCCCGAAUUAUUCCGCGAAUAAUUACACAAAAAUUAAGUGGAUGUGGUGCGGAAUUAAAUUUUUUUUUUCCGACAGUUAAAUUGAACUGGAUCUGCAUUGCCGUGGCAGCGUAACCGCCAUGGCCGAAACAGUAAUUUUCGGAUUUUGGCCGACGAUUUCGAUAAAAAUUGCUUCGCGAAUUAUUCCGCGAAUAAUUACACAAAAAUUAAGUGGAUGUGGUGCGGAAUUAAAUUUUUUUUUUCCGACAGUUAAAUUGAACUGGAUCUGCAUUGCCGUGGCAGCGUAACCGCCAUGGCCGAAACAGUAAUUUUCGGUUUUUGGGCGAAAUUUCCACAUCAACUUGCUUCCCGAGUGAUUCCUCAACUAACUUUACAAAAAUUUUUAAUGAAACAGUGAAAUUUGAAUUUUUUGAGCGACAAUAGAAAUUACACCAUGCAACGCGACUAGGAUCGCACUCAGCUUUAUUUGGCGAUCAAAGUGCUAAACUGGCAGCGGAUCUGCAUUGCCGUGGCAGCGUAACCGCCAUGGCCGAAACAGUAAUUUUCGGAUUUUGGCCGACGAUUUCGAUAAAAAUUGCUUCCCGAAUUAUUCCGCGAAUAAUUACACAAAAAUUAAGUGGAUGUGGUGCGGAAUUAAAUUUUUUUUUUCCGACAGUUAAAUUGAACUGGAUCUGCAUUGCCGUGGCAGCGUAACCGCCAUGGCCGAAACAGUAAUUUUCGGAUUUUGGCCGACGAUUUCGAUAAAAAUUGCUUCGCGAAUUAUUCCGCGAAUAAUUACACAAAAAUUAAGUGGAUGUGGUGCGGAAUUAAAUUUUUUUUUCCGACAGUUAAAUUGAACUGGAUCUGCAUUGCCGUGGCAGCGUAACCGCCAUGGCCGAAACAGUAAUUUUCGGUUUUUGGGCGAAAUUUCCACAUCAACUUGCUUCCCGAGUGAUUCCUCAACUAACUUUACAAAAAUUUUUAAUGAAACAGUGAAAUUUGAAUUUUUUGAGCGACAUUAGAAAUUACACCAUGCAACGCGACUAGGAUCGCACUCAGCUUUAUUUGGCGAUCAAAGUGCUAAACUGGCAGCGGAUCUGCAUUGCCGUGGCAGCGUAACCGCCAUGGCCGAAACAGUAAUUUUCGGAUUUUGGCCGACGAUUUCGAUAAAAAUUGCUUCCCGAAUUAUUCCGCGAAUAAUUACACAAAAAUUAAGUGGAUGUGGUGCGGAAUUAAAUUUUUUUUUCCGACAGUUAAAUUGAACUGGAUCUGCAUUGCCGUGGCAGUUGAUCUGCAAGCCCAAACGGUUACUGCAGUGGGCGUGGAGUGCAUCUGCAAAAUCUCAUGAAUCACUUUCAGCAACUCUGCUCAACCUUCCAAUUUUGGACUUUUACUGCAAUUCUCCAAGGCUGUCCUUCGUGCUUACACUAAUUCUGCGCAUAAAUUGCUUCAAGUGACACACUGUUGCCACGCAAUUUCUCAAAAAUGCGGCCACUUGGAUCAUAUGCCCAAUUUGGCAAUCAGUUCUGCAAAAUUGUCAGUGCAGAGGAAGAUCAGGCAUUCAGGUCCCCGGCAAUUUACCACAUCACAGUGCUCGAGUGAGUCUUUUCGAACGAACCAUUACAAUAUCUCGCAGCUCUAAUUUAUUCCCAUAGGCGAGUUGCUAAGACUCUCAUCCAGAACGGACCGCCAAAUGAGUUGGUCCAAAUUAAAGGAUGCCAUUACGUGGAAGACAGGGCCCUCCGUGAUACUAUUCGAGUUCUACCAUCCAUGCAGGAGGCUUCUACAGAUGCUUCAUAUUUCUGCAGACUCUAUUUUGAUGGAUCCUCGUUCCUACCAACAAUGAUUUUCAACGAACAAGACAAGUGGUGCCCUUGCAGGUAUUCAAGCAAACGAAAGAUGCUGGCGCACGUCACAACGGACGGAUUGAAUGGCCUAACUUCUGUAACACAUCAUUUUAAUAUUCAAAAGGCCAACAAAAACUCUAUCAAAUGUUUCAUUAUGGUGUCACAGGUGCGGUUCGGCUCGUCCGUUGCUAUUGAGAAGGGGACAUGCUUAGCCACAACACUCAAAUCAGAGCAAUUGCCAGAAGUGCCUGGACAAAAAUUACUCCGCGUUGUCCGCGUUGACAAAAUCAAGGUCAAAAAAACCGGUGACAAAAAAUCAGACCAGGUACUCGCUGCAUCAAAGAUUCGGUUGGCUGUCACUUGCUUUGUCAGACCUCCUGAGACCAACAGUUGUUCGCAAGAAUCGCCUGCAAAUCUUCUACACUUGUCUUCAUACAAAACUGAAAUUUCUGGUGCACUUUUCGUCGCGGUCGUUAACGUCUCGUUCCAUAACACACUGGAAGUGAAGUACACAACCGACAUCGAUCAAUACGGAACGGCCACAUACAUCUGCAACAGUCUCCUAGACAUGCAAACCAACCAAGUUGUAUUGCCUGCUUCCAUCCCAAAAUUAGUAAUUGAAUUCAUUUAUGCUAACAGCUUUCGAUGCUUGAUGGCUCCCUUGCUUCAACAAAGAGUGUUACUCCGUCACUCGAAUCAAAUCCACUCCGAUGCCUAGAUCUGUUCUGCGGCUGCGGAGGAUUAUCCCUAGGGUUGGAGAUGAGCCACCUGACAACCUGCCUUUGGGCAGUUGACGCAGACCCUACAGCGUGCAAAUCCUUCGCUGCCAACUUCAGACAAGCAACAGUGUACCAAAGUUCAGCCAUUGACUGGUUGAAAGAACUAAAAACGGGAGCAUUGUUCACAAAAAAGGGACAGAAGCUGCCACAAACCGGCGAGGUGGAAAUGAUUAUUGGAGGACCGCCGUGCCAAGGAUUCUCCAAAUUAAAUAGAUUCAAAAACAACAACACCUCAGUCACAAACAAAUCACAAGUUCCAGUGUUUCUGGAAAUCGUCGCCUACUUCAGGCCUAAGUGCUUCUUGAUGGAAAAUGUCAAAUCCUUCAUCACAGAGGAUGGUGGAAAACACUUUCUGGCAGCGCUGCAGGCAACCAAAGACUUGGGUUAUUAUUUCAACUUCAAUGUCUUACAGGCUGCUGAUUUCGGCGCACCUCAACAACGCCCUAGGUUCUUCCUGUUUGGCACCCUCGACAGCAGACGGCUGGCUGCAGCACCAAUAAGCACCCAUUACUCUGGUCUGGAAGUCACAAGUGUCAAAGCAGCCAGUCAUACUCUGUCAUUCACGGACAAACAGGAAGCUUACUUUCAAAAAGUUACUGUGCACCACGCCAUUGCUGAUUUGCCAGAUGUUGAGCCACAAGAGAGCGGCAACAAAAUCAGCUACAACUCAAUCAACUCAACUUUCCAAUUCAAAAUGAGGAAUGGCAGUGACACUUUGCGAUUGCAUAAGCUCCCCACGUCACUGAAUCCAGAUGACCAAAAAAGGAUCACAAUGAUCCCGCCAGGGUCAGACUGGCGAUGCCUACCUCAGUCAGAACACGAGGAAUGCUUCAAAACGUUUGCGCUAACUUCGCUUAAAAUUUAUUUAAAAUUAAUCUUCCUCUUCUCUACUUCCAUUAGAGGCAUGCCCCUUGCACCUAAGUCACUGGUAAAGUCCUCUCGCUCUAAUGGUGACUGGAAAGGAGCUUAUGGCAGACUGCGAUGGUCCGACCUCUUCAUGACAGUUUUAACAAGACCAACCCUUGCUUCUAAGACUGGGACAAUCAUCCAUCCUAUCUACAAUAGAACCCUGACAAUACGAGAGUUUGCACGAGCACAGACCUUUCCAGACAACUUCAAAUUCAAAGGGACCAUAGCUCAAGUUCAGCGACAGAUUGGAAACGCGGUACCCCCCCUUCUGGCUGAAUCACUCGGACGUGCAUUCAAAAUCUAACAAAACGUACGCCUCAUUCUCCUCUUUCAUAACAACACGAGUCAUAUUCAAUAAAAUUUUUACUUCAUAACUGUGUAUUUAUUUCCAUUCAUUACAUUCCAUUCCUGCACAGUCCCUCCAAUGGCUGCCACCAGCAUGAAGACCGAAGCAUGGCCGGCGAGCAGGGCGCCCAGGGCAACCGCCUCUCACUGCAGCAUGCCCCAGAGGUGCUCCAGCCUUGGCACGGCUGCUGGCGGGGCGUCUCAGACUGCCUGCUGCACCUCUCGUGCCACCGUCUGGACUCUCACAUGCCUGAAAU